AUGACCAGGGUCUCAUGCUUGCGUAUGCUUGUGUCUUGCGUCAGCGAGAAGGAGGGUGACUUCCCUGUCCUGCUCAGACCGCACGCGAUACCGGAGGCACGCGAAUCGGCUUCAGCCCAGUUUGUCCGCGAUCUCCAGGACCAAUCCUUGGACGCCGAGGCUGAGGCGGAGGAAGCUCCCGCUCGACGUCCGGCUCAGGGAAUCUCCAGACCAUCGAAGUUUGUUGGGCCGAAAGGCGACACGGCGAAGGUAGCUUCUCUUAAGCAGACGAAGGCUAUGAAGCCUCCGGAGGUGCCCCGCUUCAAUCCGGACCGGGACAUGAGCGAGCAGGAAGCUGCCGAGCUGAGGGCGUCCAAAGCGCGCCUUUUGGCAAAGCAGCUCGCCGAGCGCAACUACAGGUACAUCCCCAACCCAUACAGCGAAAAACCCGGCCCACUCGGGACGGAUGCCCAGGCGGAGGCCGACUACUUCGACAGGUAUUUCAACGGCCGGCCUCCAACACGAGAUCGCCCACCCCCGACGUUGUCCACCACGGACGGUGCUCCGGAGGACCUCGUGGACCCGCGCCGCGCGAAGCCAAAGCGAGAGCGAAUCUCGCCAAAACGGUUUUGGAUACAGCCAGAUCAUGUUACGCCGGAUGCACCUACCGUGGCCUUCAUGAAUUCACGCGAGCUGAAGUAUGCCAUGGUUAACGAGGCCUACUUGGUGCGGAAGUGGCGCAACGACCAGCCUGAGGGACGAAAGGCGGGGCUUCCGGCUGGUGCUGCCGAGCUUUGGAUGGCCUUUGGCUAUCGCGCAGCCGAGCUCUCAUGUGGUCGCACCGUGCGACCUUUGCCGGGAGAGGAUGCGGAGGGUACUGGCACAGGCAGAGUGCCCCGGAACCGGUGUAGCCUGUCGACUACCCUGCGCUUCCUCCAGGCGAUGGCUUCCGUGCAGGCGGGGCCCUUCAGUGCCCUGCAUCACCUUCUGCACCGAGUGCUGGAACAUUUGAAAGACCUGCGCCCGCACCAGUGCUUUUUCAUCCUGCAGGCCAUGAGUCGCUUGCGGCUGCGACACCCCAAGGCCGGCCGGAUCCUCCAGCAGCUGAGCCUGGCCUGGCGUUCGCUGCCCGAGAAAAAGUUCGUGAAGGCAGCGAAUGCCGUGGCCAAGCUGGACCUGGGAAAGGAGCGCCUGGGCCCGGAGACAGCACUCUGUGAGCUGCAGGGUGGAAAUGCUAUCAGCUGUGUCAAGUUCUCGACAGCCGUGCCAAGGCUUUGGGCAAAGCCGCUGAAGGUGGCUUUGGAAGCGUGGCUGCCACGAAUGGACGGCCGACAUCUGGCCAACCUCAAAGCGAUUGCUGUCAUGGAGCUUUUGGAUGAGCCGCAGGCGAUGCACGCAUACCUGGAGCAGUGCGAGAGCCUUCGCAACGACAUCUGGUACUCCCGACACCUACAAGUCAUUGAGGCCCACGUCCACCUGCUGUACCCUGAGUUGUGGAACUCCCUGGACGAGCGAAUUCGCCUCUUUCUGCAGGAUGUCCGGACUGCCGCAGAGGAGAGCCGUCAGAUGCAGGCCCAAGUCGUCCAGGAAAGCUCGGCCUCAGAGAACUCAGAGGACGAGUCAGACGAAGAGGAGGUCCAGGCGGUGCUAGCUCCGACCUUCGACAAGCAGUGCUUCAGUUCCCCCUUGCACGCGGAUAUCAGCCGCAUGCUUUCGGAGCUGGGCUUGGAGCACAGCAACAAGAUCUCCGCGGGGCCGGUGCUGUUGGACAUCGUGCACCUCGUCGGUAAGUCAGAAACACUUGAAAGUGAGAUGAUCUCAGCAAUGGGGUUCAACCUGCAUGUCAUCCCGUACUUUCGCUGGGACACCCUCAAGGACGAUGCUGCAAAAGCGGAACUUCUGAAGAAGCAGCUGCCCAAGGAGGCUCAAGCUGGAGAUCGUGUGCCAUUUCAUGGCUUUCAGAGCUGCCAUUACAUGCCUGGCCUCACCAUCAUGUGGAUGCAGGUCACCAGCUGCAUGGCCUCGCAUGAAGGUGCUGAAGGCACGAAUACGAAGAGAGCUUGCUCUUGCCAUCCAUGUAGCAGUCUUUGGCGUGAUGGCCACCCGGAGGCGCCCAGGCGGAUCAGGGACAAAGCUCGCACUCCCGCCCCUCGAUUUGAGCUGAAGAGCGCAAAAAAAAGCAACAGAGAAGUGCCUUGCACCUGCAACCUGCGGAGGGAGUACCGUAGCCAGCGCUGCUCCCCUUAA